AUGAGUAAACUUCAGUUAGGUUUAAAAGAAAGAGAUCAACUGUACCGGUUAAUGAUCAGUCAAUUAUUUUAUGAUGGAUAUCAGUCACUUGCUGUUCAGUUGGCCAACAUGACCAAGGCUCAUCCUGCCUGUCCUCCAUCUGACAGGCUCUUCAAAGUCGUUGCUCUUGGACUACGAACUGAAGAAUCCGAACACGAACAAAUUGUACAAAAAAACUCAGACCCGAUUGUUAGUGGGAUUGAUAUGGAAUUUGAGACGGAUGUUUCUCCUACAUCGCCUGAAAUUGCCCAGUAUGAAACAUGUUAUGUAACUGCUCACAAAGGACCUUGCAGGACUGCUAUAUUUCAUCCGAAUGGUCACCUUAUAGCUACAGGGUCAGAAGAUGCCUCAAUAAAGAUAUUAGAUGUGGAAAGAAUGCUAAUGAAAAGUGCGAUGCCUAUAGAUCUGAUAGCCCAGGAGACCCCUCAACAGCAGAUGGAGAACCAUCCAGUCAUCAGGACCUUAUAUGACCACACUGCUGAAGUGACCUGCGUAGAUUUUCAUCCAUCACAGCAGCUUCUUGCGUCUGGCAGCAAAGAUUUCACAGUAAAGUUAUUUGAAUAUUCAAAACCUUCUGUCAAAAAAGCUUUCAAAAGUAUUCAGGAAGCUGCUGAAGUCCGCUGUUUAUCAUUCCAUCCAUCAGGAGAUUACUUACUUGUCGGAACACAACAUCCCACAUUAAGAUUAUACGACAUCCGAUCAGCACAGUGCUUUGUGUCAAACAAUCCUCAUGAUCAACACUCUGGCCCCAUCACUGCUGUAAAAUACAGUCCAACAGGUCAUUUGUAUGUUACAUCCUCAAAAGAUGGAACAAUCAAGAUAUGGGAUGGUGUUAGUAACAGAUGCAUAAACACAUUCAUGAGGGCGCACGACGGCUAUCAAGUAUGUUCCGUCAUCUUUUCAAGAAACUCCAAGUAUGUUCUUUCAAGUGGCAAAGACUCUCUGGUGAAGUUGUGGGAGCUAUCUACAUCAAGGUGUCUGAUAGCAUACACAGGUGCCGGAGUAAUUGGAAAGCAAGAGCACAGGUCCAACACAAUCUUCAACCAUAGCGAGGAUUUUGUUUUAUUUCCCGAUGAGAAAACUACAAGUCUGUGCUGUUGGGAUUCUAGGAGUGCUGAUAGACAAAGGCUCUUGUCAUUGGGCCACAACGGUUUAGUGAGAUGCAUAGCACAUUCGCCUGUUAGUCCAGCGCUUGUUUCAUGCAGUGAUGAUUUUAGAGCAAGGUUUUGGUACCGAAAAACAGAUUCCGAAUGA